AUGGCUACCGAACGACGAAACUUCUCGAGCCUGUCCUUCUCCUCCAAAAAACAUAUGAAUGCCGAGGCAGGUACGCAUACUCCGACCACAACAAAAUUGAAGAAUUUCUUUCGCAUCAAUAGCAGUGGGAGUCAGACAUCUAUCGGUUCGGAUGGCCUUCCCACUCCCAAGACCGAGACAAAGCCGGGCAAGCAAUCGAGGUUUCUCCCCGGUCUCGCCAGAAAUCGUUCGACAACUGUAGCCAGCGAGGGCCAUCCUCUCGACGACAACGCUCUGUCCCCAACCGCCCAAGCCAAUCCUUAUUUCGUGCACCAAGGUCCUCCCGCACUUCGACAUCGUAAUGAAGGUAGCGUGCCACCUUCCCCUCCAGACACUCCCAAAGUCCAGGUCAAUGGCUCGGCCGCGGAAGAGAAGGCUGUUACAGCGGGCAAGGAGGAAUUGGCGCGCAAAUUGCGAAGAGUGGCGUCUGCGCCCAACGCGCAGGGUCUGUUCACGGUCAGCAAGAGUAACGCAGAAAGACCGCAGACCGCAGAGCUGGGCAAAGAGCCUCUAGCCGUUCUUCCUGGAUCGACACCGAAGCUGAGUAUGGUCGCUACAUCCUCCUCAGAAAUAAGUCCGACCAAGGCGACAACCCCGGGAGGAAAGAUUCCACUUCCAGGCCAGAUCCGUCAAGCUGCCGCUUUUAGAAGAACCUACAGCUCGAACUCGAUCAAGGUGCGCAAUGUGGAAGUUGGCCCUGGCAGCUUUGACAAGAUCAAGUUGAUUGGUAAGGGCGAUGUUGGCAAGGUCUAUCUCGUGCGCGAGAAGAAGUCCAAUCGUCUGUACGCCAUGAAAGUUCUCAGCAAAAAAGAAAUGAUCAAGCGGAACAAGAUCAAGAGAGCGCUUGCAGAACAAGAAAUCCUGGCAACCAGCAAUCAUCCGUUCAUUGUUACUUUGUACCACUCGUUCCAGUCAGAAGAGCACCUGUACCUAUGUAUGGAAUAUUGCAGCGGUGGUGAAUUCUUCCGCGCUCUGCAGACGCGGCCCAACAAAUGCAUAGCAGAGGAAGACGCUCGUUUCUACGCUGCAGAAGUCACAGCGGCGCUGGAAUACUUACAUCUGAUGGGAUUCAUCUACAGAGAUCUCAAGCCUGAAAACAUUCUUUUACACCAAUCCGGACAUAUCAUGUUGUCAGACUUUGAUCUCUCCAAGCAAUCCGAUUCUGGGGGAGCCCCGACAAUGAUCUUAGGCACUCGCAACGCCUCCAACCCUACUGGAUAUCCGCUCGUCGACACCAAGUCUUGCAUCGCCGACUUUCGAACCAACUCAUUUGUUGGCACGGAAGAGUAUAUUGCUCCCGAAGUUAUCAAAGGCAACGGACACACAAGCGCUGUAGACUGGUGGACUCUGGGCAUUUUGAUCUACGAGAUGCUGUUUGGAACCACGCCGUUCAAAGGGAAAAACCGCAAUGCCACUUUCGCAAAUAUCCUGCGGGACGAAGUGCCGUUCCCGGAUCAUUUCCCUCAGGUCAGCAGUUUAUGUAAAUCGGUGAUCCGGAAGCUCCUGAUCAAAGAUGAAGUGAAACGUCUAGGAUCCCGUGCUGGUGCAUCUGAUGUCAAGAAUCACCCCUUCUUUAGACCUAUUACAUGGGCACUUCUCCGCCACAUGAAACCGCCCAUGAUUCCUCACCAAGGCCGGGCAAUUGACACGUUGAACUUCCGGUCUGUGAAAGACAGCGGCAGCGUUGAUAUUGGAGGCUCAGCCGGACGUCUCAAGGGUGUUCCUUUGGACUCUGGAAUGGCUACCCCUGGCGGGGAGAUCGCAGAUCCCUUCCUCGAAUUCAAUAGUGUUACUCUCCACCACGAUGAUGAAGAUAUGAUUAUGAUGCACGAAGCAGGGCACGUCAACGGACAUUGA